AUGCUAUCAAAGUAUUCAAUAUACGGAGGAGGACGAUGGCGGGAGAUUGAUAUAGAAACUGGUCGCGUCGCAGGAUGGGCAGGCUCCAACUUUGUUUAUACAAAACGCGGCAACUUAGUAGUGCUAAAACCAAAAUCUGUUUUAAGAGGAUUGAAGGACCUUGCAAGUGGCCACAUAAGCACGGUUAAAGAUGGUUUUCACCUAUCACAAUUAAUAAAAAAGAAGAAACCUAAAAAGUCGCCAAAGCAAAUUAAAUGCAAAUGUUACUAUCAACAUAAACAUGAUGUUGCAGCUCCAAUUGACAAAAUUCUACAAGCAAAUGUGUCUAAUGCCUCUAUUCAGUGCAACAUAAUGCCUGUUAAGAAAACACUGAAUAAUUUAAAUAUAACAGAGUCUGUUGAAAAAGACGUAGAGAGCAUUGAAAGUACUGUCUCAGAUAACAUUGCACGAGCAAUAACAAUAUCAGAAAGUGAUGUGGAGACAUUCCGAAGCUACAUUGUACAUAGUACAAAAAAUAUAUUCAAUGUCGAUCUCUUUAUGUAUGAUGCCAACGAUGAUUAUAAACGAAGUGUAUUUUAUAAAAUUACACCAAUUGUUAAAGUACAAAGGCAUCCAAUUAUACUAAGUCUUGUCAGACAGAAUCAAUUUAAAAUCAAACUUAACUCCGUAGAAAUGAGAAACAAAACUAAUACGCUUUCGAAAAAAACUAAUUAUUGUGAGCCAAAAAUUAAAAUUAUUGAUUAUGAGGAUAACUCUGACAGUGAAAUUACUAAAGAAAGAGAAAUAAUAAAGCACAAGAAAGUUGACAUUGUACAGAUAUUUGAUAGUAAUGUAAAUAAAGAUUUAAUUAAAAAUAAAGGAAAGAGAAAGGCAGUUGAAGUAAUAAAUCAACCAAAGGCUCAAGAGAAGAGAUCAAGACUUAACAAUAGCGAUAGUUUGAAGGAGAACAUUGACAAUGUUCAGAGAGACAAGUUUGGAAAACCGAUAAAUAAAGUGUUUUUAGUUAAAAAGUGGUCAGUUAAAAAUAAGAGAACGCGGCCCAUAAAUGAGUUCUCAUUAUUAGAAGACGAAGCAAUCGUUGCUUGGAUAGUUACAAAUAAAAAAGGGAAUUUAGUGAAUGGUAAUAGAAUGUGGAAGGAGAUGGAGCCGAUACAUUUAAAAGUUACCGGACAUUAUCGUUCUUGGCAUUCCCUUCGCAACCGAUACCUGCGACAUCUCCUCCCAGCUCUGGGUAGUCUUAGCUUGACUCCUUCGCAGGUCACUGAUCUCCGGGCAGCGGCUGCUACUGGCGAACUGAAAGCCAACAAAAUGAACAAGAAUAACUCGAUAUACAGAACUGAGCCUGUUCGCAGUGCUUGGAGUGCACGGCCACAGAAGCUGAAACAUUCUGAUGACGAACUCUGUACACCUUCUCGAAAUUUACGUUCAAAUGUAGUAUCACCGCCGAGAAGCAAAUUGCCAACAUAUUCAGAAAUAACACGAAGAUUUGCUGAAAAACAUCGAUCGACACCUAAUUCUGAAGAGGAUGUCACAAAUAAAGCACCACCAAAAGGCAAUAAGACUAACAAAGAGAGUGAGAACGUAAAAAAUAAUCAGACUAACAAACAACCAAGAGUUAGUCUGAAAAUCAUCAGAGUUGACACAAACUCUGGUGAGGAAGGUUCACUUAGAGUAGUGAACAUUGAUGAAAAGCAAUACAAAAAGACAGAAGAAAAAUUUGUUAGUAAAUCACGUGAAAAAUCUUCAAGAUAUGUCAGUAGAAGAGAAGAGAGCGGUGGCGUGGAAAAGAAGAACCGUAAAGAUCGCAAGGGAAAUGAAACUGAUACAGAUGAAGAAAUUAAAAGCAAUUAUUUGGUAAGUGCCGAAAGAUCUGAUUUGAUUAAUAAACAUAAAAAGCACAGAAAUAUCGAUGAUUCCGAGUCAGAACAAAGAAAUGAAAAGCAAGGACGCAAUGAGACGCGUCAAGAAAACAGAUUUUCAAGGAGACUUCGCCAUGAGAGAUCUGGUGUAGAAGAUACACUUGGACAAAACAGAAGUAAAGUGGAAUCAGAUACAGAACAAAAAAAUCAAAGGCAAGGUCCCAAAACGCGUAAAAAUAGAGCUUCAAGAAGACUUAAAAGCUUGGAGAGAUCUCUUACUGAAAGAAGCAUAGGGCGACGCAAAAAUGAAGACUCAGAUACGGAACCAGAAAACAAAAAGAAGGUUGACAAUAGUCGAUCUCCUACAAGAAAUAGAAUUGAAAAAAAAUCUGGUGCGGAUCUUAGAAAGAGCAGAAAUAAAAAUGAAUCAGACUCAGAACCAAAAAAGAAAGAUGACAAUAGUCGAUCUUCUACAAGAAAUCGGGAUGGGUAUAUGUCUCGUGUGGAGAAGAAGAAUCUAAGACAGCGCAGAAAUAAAAGUGAUUCAGACUCAGAACCAGAAAAUAAUAAGAAAGAUGAGAAUAGUCAAUAUUCUACAAGAAAUCGGGAUGAGGAAAUGUCUGGUGUGGAAAAGAAGAAUCUUAGACAGCGCAGAAAUAAAAGUGAUUCAGACUCAGAACCAGAAAAGAAAAAGAAAGAUGACAAUAGUCGAUCUUCUACAAGAAAUCGGGAUGAGGAAAUGUCUGGUGUGGAAAAGAAGAAUCUUAGACAGCGCAGAAAUAAAAGUGAUUCAGACUCAGAACCAGAAAAGAAAAAGAAAGAUGACAAUAGUCGAUCUUCUACAAGAAAUAGGAAUGAGGAAAUGUCUGGUGUGAAAAAGAAGAAUCUUAGACAACGCAGAAAUAAAAGUGAUGCAGACUCAGAACCAGAUAUGAAAGAGAAAAAUGAAAAUAGUAGAUCUUCUACAAGAAAUCUGGAUAAGGAAAGGUCCGAUGUGGAAAAGAAGAAUCUUAGACAGCGCAAAAAUAAAAGUGAUUCAGACUCAGAACCAGAAAAGAAAAAGAAAGAUGACAAUGGUCAAUCUUCUUCAAGAAAUCGGGAAGAGGAAAUGUCCGGUGUGGAUAAGAAGAAUCUUAGACAGCGCGAAAAUAAAAAUGAUUCAGACUCAGAACCAGAAAAAAAAAUGAAAAAUGACAAUGGUCGAUCUUCUACAAGAAAUAGGGAAGAGGAAAUGUCCAGUGUGGAUAAGAAAAGUCUUAGACAGCGCAGAAACAAAAAUGAUUCAGACUCAGAACCAGAAAAUAAAAAGGAUUCAAGGCGAUCCUCUAGAAGACUUGAAGAGGAAAGAUCUAGUAUAAAUAAGAAGUUUAGACAGAGCAUAAAUAAAAAGGAAUCAAACACAGAAAAUAAAAAUAAAUCAAAGAAUCAUCAAAGUCCAAGUUCUCUCACAGAACAGAAGCACCUUCAACAGGCCAGAAAUAAACAUGAAUUAGACAGAGAAGAAACGAAAAAGCAGGAUAAGGAACGGGAAAAGAGAUCUUCGAGAAGACUUCGAAGUCUAGAAAGAUCUCUAACAGAAAAGAACAAUCUUAGAUCACUUGGAAAUUUAGAAGAAAAUGAAAAAUCCGGUAAAAGUGAUAAUACAUUUUCUAGAAGCAAAAAGACAGACAAAUCUGACACUGAUGAUAAAGAAAACGGCGCCGAUAAUAAGAUGUAUCUGAGACAGUACAGAUAUAAAUCUGGUGCCGAAUCGGAAAACGCUAAAACCACAAAGAAGAGAGAAAAUGGAAAUGUUAGUAAAAAUGAGAAAAAUAUUCAUAGCAAACCUGUCAAAGUUGAUAGAUCUAAACGAAAGUAUAUUGAAAUCUCAGAUUCGGAGUCUGAAAAUGAACGGGAAAAGAAAAAUAAAAUAGUCAAAAGAUCGUCAGGCUCCAAUAGUGAUUUCGUAAGAACUUCAAAAAAAGAGACAAAUAGAAAUCGUAGUAGGGUCGGCAAACAAAGCGACGGCAGCGAUUUCAGCGUUAACUCCUCUCAAAUGUCAAUAACGUCAAAGAGUGACUCUGACAGCUCCAAUGACAUUGACAAGAAACGGUUGACAAGACAAAGCCUCAAAGUCGAAUCGAGCAGCAGAGAUAAUAUCAUUUUUGAAAUUAGUGAUAACGACGAAGCGUAUGCCAGUAGAUCUGACACAGAGGUCAAAAAUACUGGAAAAAGAAAUUUAAGAAAACUUUUCAAUCACAGAGCACAUUAA